AUGGCCAGCUCAUCCCAUCCGUUGGAUCUAGUCACAGUCACUCAAUACACGACUGUAUAUGCGACUGAUAUCCCGAUGAUGACAGACAUGUCUUCACCUGUUUCUACCUCAGAAUCAACAUCGGCAGCGACCGGAUAUUUGUCAGCUAGUCUGAGCAGCAGUAUAUCAGGGUUUCAUUUUCCCUCCACCUUGACAUCCUCACUACCUGGAAGCCUUUUGCCGGUCUCUUCUCCGACCGCUAUAAGGCCUCUACCGUCUGUUUCCACUGCGCCUGGCACGCGCAAGCCAGAGUCCAACGAUACCUUUCCUACUGUCAUUCUGGUUUUGCUGAUACUGCUAGCAGUUCUGCUCCUCGCCAUGGUUGCUCACAUGCUUCAUUUGCGGUACAAGGGCCAAUGUCCAAAAUGCUACAGCAUGCGCAAGCAGCUCAAGAAAUGGAAAUCAGGUGAGCUCAAAUGUAUCACCUCGAACAUGGUUAGAGAACGCGAGAUGUUGAACACAGCAGCCACAGAGGUGGAUGUUGAGAAAGGUGGUGCGCAUGAGGAAGAGGCGGAACAUGCUGAGGCUAUGGAGUCUCAGGCCACCAAGAAGCCAUCGCUUUGGCAAAAGGCCAAAAACAUCGUCUUGAGCAAUACGCGACUGGUUCGCAGCGAGCGGAGGGGUUCCAAGGCAAAUGAAGAUGAUCGUUUUUUCACAGUGUCUGAGGUGGGCUCGAAUGGUGGCAAUUCCAGGCCUGCGAUGCCGGUGUCAUCGAGCUCGCGCCAGGUUUAUGACGACCCAUACAGUAAUGAUUGGCGUGUAUCUCGCGGCUCUCGAGUGUCUGCAUCGCCCAUGUGCUCGCAACCUAGCCACUCUCAGCCCACCGAGGCCACGGGACCGCGAGUUUUCGCCGACAUGUCAGCGACGGACGCACCCACCCUCCGUCCGCCGCUUCGCAGAAACCAGCCAGAGUGCUACACAGCAUACGUGACCAGUGAUGGUGAUGCGGGACAUGCUGGGUCCGAGCAGGAUCAGUACCAGAUGAUUGAAUGGCGAAAAAGGGGGCGUAAGCCACCGGAACCAGAGGGGACGUGGCGGGAGGUCUAG